UUGCUUCCAAGAUCCGGUACUUACAGGAAUAUCAUAACCGGGUUCUUCACAACAUUUAUCCUGUACCUUCAGGAACAGAUAUUGCAAACACCCUGAAAUACUUUUCUCAGACCUUGUUAAGCAUUUUGUCCCGCACAGGGAAGAAGGAAAACCAAGAUGCCUCCAAUUUGACAGUGCCCAUGACCAUGUGUCUUUUUCCUGUGCCAUUCCCACUCACCCCAUCUCUAAGACCGCAGGUCAGUUCCAUCAACCCUACUGUUACUCGCUCCCUCCUUUACAGCGUCCUGCGAGAUGCUCCCUCUGAACGCGGCCUGCAAAGUCGUGAUGCUCACUUGUCAGACUACCCUUCUUUGGACUAUCAAGGCCUCUACGUGACUUUGGUGACUCUUCUGGAUCUAGUUCCUUUACUCCAGCACGGCCAACACGAUCUUGGACAGUCGAUAUUUUAUACAACUACAUGUUUGCUACCCUUUCUCAAUGAUGAUAUUCUGAGUACUUUGCCCUACACGAUGAUAUCAACGUUAGCUACCUUUCCUCCAUUUCUGCACAAGGAUAUUAUUGAAUAUCUUAGCACAUCUUUUCUACCAAUGGCUAUAUUGGGUUCCUCAAGAAGAGAAGGCGUUCCUGCCCAUGUUAAUCUGUCUGCAUCAUCCAUGCUAAUGAUUGCAAUGCAAUACACAUCCAACCCAGUGUAUCAUUGUCAAUUAUUGGAAUGCCUCAUGAAAUAUAAGCAAGAAGUCUGGAAAGAUCUUUUGUACGUGAUUGCCUAUGGGCCUUCACAAGUGAAACCUCCGGCUGUACAGAUGUUGUUCCAUUACUGGCCCAAUUUAAAACCUCCUGGGGCAAUAAGUGAAUACAGGGGCUUGCAGUACACAGCUUGGAAUCCCAUCCACUGCCAGCACAUUGAAUGCCACAAUGCAAUUAACAAGCCAGCUGUGAAGAUGUGUAUCGACCCUUCCCUAUCAGUAGCUCUAGGGGAUAAACCACCCCCAUUGUAUCUCUGCGAAGAAUGCAGCCAGAGGAUUGCGGGGGACCACAGUGAAUGGCUCAUUGAUGUGCUUCUGCCUCAAGCUGAAAUAUCUGCUAUAUGUCAGAAAAAGAACUGCAGUUCCCAUGUAAGAAGAGCAGUUGUUACCUGCUUUUCAGCAGGCUGCUGUGGCCGUCACGGAAACAGGCCCGUUCGGUACUGCAAGAGAUGCCACUCGAAUCAUCACAGCAAUGAAGUGGGGGCUGCGUCGGAGACCCACCUCUAUCAGACCUCCCCUCCACCCAUCAACACUCGGGAAUGCGGUGCCGAGGAGCUGGUCUGCGCCGUGGAGGCUGUGAUCAGCUUGUUGAAAGAAGCCGAGUUCCAUGCUGAGCAGCGGGAAUAUGAGCUGAAUCGCCGGCGGCAGCUGGGACUUUCCUCUUCCCACCAUUCCCUGGAUAACACUGACUUUGACAACAAGGAUGAUGAUAAACACGACCAGCGACUACUCAGUCAAUUUGGAAUAUGGUUUUUAGUGAGCCUUUGCACGCCCAGUGAGAACACACCUACAGAGAGCUUGGCCAGGCUGGUGGCCAUGGUGUUUCAGUGGUUCCACUCCACGGCAUAUAUGAUGGAUGAUGAAGUUGGAAGUUUGGUGGAAAAACUGAAGCCUCAGUUUGUCACCAAGUGGUUGAAGACAGUCUGUGAUGUUCGCUUUGAUGUCAUGGUCAUGUGCCUUCUUCCCAAACCAAUGGAAUUUGCCAGGGUUGGUGGUUACUGGGAUAAAUCCUGCAGCACGGUGACUCAGUUGAAGGAAGGUCUCAACCGAAUCCUCUGCCUGAUCCCCUACAAUGUGAUCAGUCAGUCUGUGUGGGAGUGUAUUAUGCCCGAGUGGCUGGAAGCCAUCAGAACAGAAGUCCCAGAUAACCAGUUAAAAGAAUUCAGGGAAGUAUUAAGCAAAAUGUUUGACAUUGAGCUCUGUCCUCUACCUUUUUCAUUGGAAGAAAUGUUUGGCUUUAUUAGUUGUCGGUUCACAGGAUACCCUUCCUCUGUGCAGGAACAAGCUUUACUGUGGCUUCAUGUAUUAUCGGAGUUAGACAUCAUGGUUCCACUUCAACUAUUGAUAAGUAUGUUUUCUGAUGGAGUUAAUUCUGUUAAAGAACUGGCAAAUCAAAGAAAAUCAAGAGUCAGUGAACUGGCAGGGAACCUUGCAGCUCGAAGGGUGAGUGUUGCCUCUGAUCCUGGCCGACGAGUUCAGCACAAUAUGCUGAGUCCAUUUCAUAGUCCUUUUCAGAGUCCAUUUCGGAGUCCUAUGCGUAGUCCAUUUCGUAGCCCUUUCAAGAAUUUUGGACAUCCAGGAGGAAGGACUAUUGACUUUGAUUGUGAAGAUGAUGAAAUGAAUCUAAAUUGUUUCAUCCUCAUGUUUGAUCUUCUCCUGAAGCAGAUGGAGUUACAAGAUGAUGGGAUUACGAUGGGUUUAGAGCACAGUUUAUCAAAGGACAUUAUUUCCAUUAUAAACAAUGUCUUCCAAGCUCCCUGGGGGGGCUCCCACACCUGCCAGAAGGAAGAAAAGGCAAUUGAGUGUAACUUAUGUCAGUCUAGUAUUCUCUGCUAUCAGCUUGCUUGUGAACUCUUGGAGAGACUGGCUCCUAAAGAAGAAAGCCGGCUGGUGGAGCCCACAGACAGCCUUGAGGACAGCCUCCUUUCUUCCAGACCAGAGUUUAUUAUAGGCCCUGAAGGUGAGGAGGAGGAGAAUCCAGCAACCAAGCAUGGGGAAAACCCAGGCAGUCGCGCCGAGUCCACGGAGCAUGCUGCAAUAAAGAAUGACACUGAGAGAAAGUUUUGCUACCAACAGCUUCCAGUAACUUUGAGACUAAUAUACACCAUUUUCCAGGAAAUGGCUAAGUUUGAAGAGCCAGACAUUCUUUUUAAUAUGCUCAAUUGCCUGAAGAUUCUCUGUCUACAUGGAGAGUGUUUAUACAUUGCUAGAAAAGACCAUCCUCAAUUUUUAGCCUACAUUCAGGAUCAUAUGUUGAUUGCAAGCCUGUGGAGAGUCGUCAAAUCUGAGUUCUCCCAACUGUCUUCAUUAGCAGUUCCUCUGCUUCUCCAUGCUUUGUCACUUCCUCAUGGUGCUGAUAUCUUCUGGACAAUUAUAAAUGGCAAUUUCAACAGCAAAGACUGGAAGAUGAGGUUUGAAGCAGUGGAGAAAGUGGCUGUAAUUUGUAGAUUUUUGGAUAUUCACUCAGUCACCAAAAACCACCUGCUGAAGUACUCCCUGGCACAUGCCUUCUGCUGCUUUCUGACAGCUGUGGAGGAUGUCAACCCAGCCGUGGCUACCAGGGCCGGUCUCCUGCUUGACACCAUAAAGAGGCCGGCAUUGCAGGGUCUGUGUCUUUGUCUUGAUUUCCAAUUUGAUACUGUGGUUAAAGAUCGACCCACAAUACUGAGCAAGCUUUUACUCCUGCAUUUUCUUAAGCAAGAUAUUCCUGCUUUGAGCUGGGAGUUCUUUGUCAACAGAUUUGAGACACUUUCUUUGGAAGCUCAGCUACAUUUGGAUUGUAACAAAGAAUUUCCUUUUCCUACAACUAUCACUGCUGUAAGGACCAAUGUCGCUAAUCUCAGUGAUGCGGCAUUGUGGAAGAUCAAGAGGGCUCGUUUUGCGAGGAACCGCCAGAAGAGUGUGCGUUCUCUGAGAGACAGCGUGAAGGGGCCUGUGGAAUCCAAGAGGGCCCUCUCCCUCCCUGAGACCUUAACUUCCAAAAUUCCUAUGAGGUUGACCAGGCAUGAGCAGUCUGCUCCAGCUCUCGGUGGGACACCCGAACAGACACCAGGACAACAGUCUCCUGAGAAUGACAACACCAUCAAGGACUUGCUCCCCGAAGAUGCUGGGAUCGACCACCAGACAGUUCACCAGCUGAUCACAGUGCUCAUGAAGUUCAUGGCCAAGGACGAGAGCAGUGCCGAGUCAGACAUCAGCAGUGCGAAGGCCUUCAACACAGUCAAGCGGCACCUGUACGUCUUACUCGGCUAUGACCAACAGGAAGGUUGCUUCAUGAUCGCACCUCAAAAAAUGCGCCUGUCUACUUGCUUUAAUGCGUUUAUUGCAGGAAUUGCCCAAGUUAUGGACUAUAACAUUAACUUGGGCAAACACCUUCUCCCCUUGGUGGUUCAGGUGCUCAAAUACUGCUCUUGUCCUCAGCUACGGCAUUAUUUCCAACAGCCACCUCGUUGUUCCCUCUGGUCCCUAAAACCUCACAUCCGGCAGAUGUGGUUGAAGGCCUUGCUUGUCAUCCUUUACAAGUAUCCAUACCGAGACUGCGAUAUCAGCAAGGUCCUGCUGCAUCUGAUUCACAUAACAGUCAAUACACUCAAUGCACAGUAUCAUAGCUGCAAGCCCCAUGCCACGGCAGGACCUUUGUACAGUGACAACAGUAACAUAAGCAGAUACAGCGAAAAAGAAAAAGAAGAAGAUAGUGUUUUUGAUGAAUCUGAUAUUCAUGAUACACCUACUGGACCCUGCAAUAAAGAGUCUCAAACUUUUUUUGCAAGAUUGAAAAGAAUAGGCGGCAGCAAAAUGGUGAAAUAUCAGCCGGUUGAGAUGAAUGUUCAGAGAAGUGAAAUAGAACUGGCCGAAUAUAGAGAAACGGGUGCAUUACAAGACAGCAUUCUGCACUGUGUGAGAGAAGAAAGCAUUCAGAAAAAAAAGCUGCGCUCUUUAAAACAAAAAUCUCUUGAUAUAGGGAAUGCAGACUCCCUCUUGUUUACAUUAGACGAGCACCGGAGGAAGUCCUGCAUAGACCGGUGUGACCUAGAUAAGCCUCCCGUCCAUGCCGCUUACAUCAUGCAAAGACAUGACCAUGGACGUCCCAGACAGAAUUCUGCUACUCGGCCCGACGACCCUGAACCACCCGAGAACCCAGCAAUGGAAAGUUUCCAGGAAGCUCGCAGGCCCGUGAUACCUGAAGUUCGGUUAAACUGCAUGGAGACGUUUGACGUCAAGGUUGAUUCUCCUGUAAAGCCUGCUCCUAAAGAGGAUUUAGAUCUGAUAGAUUUGUCCUCCGAUUCAACAUCUGGGCCUGAGAAACGCUCGGUGCUCUCAACGUCUGACAGCGACUCCCUUGUGUUUGAGCCCCUUCCCCCUCUCCGAAUAGUAGAGAGCGAUGAAGAAGAGGAGAUCACGGGCCCAGGAAAUGAGGGGGCCUCUGCUAAGAAGGCCACCUCCUCUCCCUCAGUCCCCAGCCCCCGCUCUGUCCCCAGCCUCAGCACGCCUCCCCUUGUGCAAGUGAGCGUGGAGGAUUGUUCCAAAGACUUUUCUUCCAAGGACUCAGGAAACAACCAGUCAGCAGGUGCCACGGACUCGGCGCUCAUAGCUCUGGAGGAUCCCACGGACUCAGCAGAAUUAUCAAAGCCGGGGGAGCCACAGGACUUUCCCUGUGGCAGCCCGCUGACGCUGAAGCAGAAACGAGACCUCCUUCAGAAGUCAUAUGCUCUCCCUGAGGUGUCAGUGGACGACAGCCCAGAGCCCAGCAUCCAGGAGGAGAAGCCCAGUGGGCCAAUGCCAAGUUCAGGGGCAAAAACCGUCCUCCUCAAAGUCCCCGAGGAUGCUGAGAACCCAGUGGAAAGUGAGAAGGGGGAAGCCAGUGCCGAAUCGGAUACAGAACAGAAUCCGGAGAGGAAGACCGAAGAGGAGGGUGCUGAGGAGUCCGAAUUCAAGAUCCAGAUUGUUCCCAGGCAGAGAAAACAGAGGAAGAUCGCUGUCAGUGCCAUCCAGAGAGAGUACCUGGACAUUUCCUUCAACAUUCUAGACAAGCUGGGAGAACAGAAAGAUCCAGAUCCCUCUACUAAAGGACUUUCAACUUUGGAAAUGCCACGAGAAUCCUCAUCUGCCCCAACAUUAGAAGCAGGGGUGCCAGAAACAAGUAGCCAUUCCUCAAUAUCAACUCAGUAUAGGCAGAUGAAAAGGGGAUCCCUGGGAGCUCUAACAAUGAGCCAGUUAAUGAAGCGACAGCUGGAGCAUCAGUCUAGCGCCCCCCAUAACAUCAGCAACUGGGACACUGAACAGAUACAGCCCGGGAAACGCCAAUGCAAUGUGCCGAUGUGCCUAAACCCUGACCUGGAGGGACAACCAUUGAGAAUGAGAGGUGCCACGAAAUCCAGCCUGCUGUCAGCGCCCAGCAUCGUCAGUAUGUUUGUGCCGGCACCCGAAGAAUUCACGGACGAGCAGCCGACGGUGAUGACAGAUAAAUGCCAUGACUGUGGGGCCAUUCUUGAAGAAUAUGACGAGGAAACCCUUGGGCUGGCCAUUGUGGUCCUUUCCACAUUCAUUCACCUAAGCCCAGACUUGGCAGCCCCGUUGUUGCUGGAUAUAAUGCAGUCUGUGGGAAGAUUGGCAUCCAGCACUACUUUUUCCAAUCAAGCAGAAAGCAUGAUGGUUCCCGGCAACGCAGCGGGGGUGGCCAAGCAGUUCCUACGCUGCAUCUUCCAUCAGCUGGCCCCCAACGGCAUCUUCCCACAGCUGUUCCAGAGCACUAUCAAAGAUGGGACUUUCUUACGGACCUUAGCCACGUCUCUCAUGGACUUCAAUGAGCUGAGCUCUCUCGCUGCUCUCAGUCAGCUCUUGGAGGGUCUAAAUAACAAAAAGAAUUUACCAGCAGGGGGUGCUAUGAUACGCUGUUUGGAAAACAUUGCUACCUUCAUGGAAGCUUUGCCCAUGGAUUCUCCUAGCAGCCUCUGGACCACAAUCAGCAACCAGUUUCAGACGUUUUUUGCCAAGCUGCCUUGUGUUUUGCCUCUGAAGGUAAGCUGAGUCCAGGAUUUCAUCUGCAAUUGUGAUCUUACAACCACUAAUUCCCUUAGAAGUCUGUUGGAACCAUUUUCAAAACUGCUCAGCUUUGUGAUUCAGAAUGCCGUCUUCACUUUAGCCUACCUGGUGGAGGUGUGUGGUUUGUGUUACCGAGCUUUCACAAAGGAGCGGGAUAAAUUCUACUUGUCUCGUAGUGUUGUUCUGGAACUCCUGCAGGCCCUGAAGCUCAAAUCCCCUUUACCAGAUACAAACCUCCUCCUGCUUGUCCAGUUUAUUUGUGCAGAUGCUGGAACCAAACUAGCUGAGUCAACAAUCCUGAGCAAGCAGAUGAUUGCCUCUGUACCUGGAUGUGGGACGGCCGCGAUGGAGUGUGUGAGGCAGUACAUCAACGAAGUGCUGGACUUCAUGGCGGACAUGCACACUCUCACCAAACUGAAGAGCCACAUGAAGACAUGUUCCCAGCCUCUGCAUGAAGAUACUUUUGGUGGACACCUCAAAGUUGGGCUGGCUCAGAUUACAGCCAUGGAAAUCUCACGGGGCAACCACAGAGAUAACAAGGCUGUGAUUCGCUACCUGCCUUGGCUCUAUCAUCCCCCUUCUGCCAUGCAACAAGGGCCAAAAGAAUUCAUCGAGUGUAUCUCCCGCAUCCGUCUGCUGUCCUGGCUGCUCCUGGGCUCCCUCACUCAUAACGCGGUGUGUCCAAAUGCCUCCUCUCCGUGCCUGCCCAUACCUCUGGAUGCCGGCUCUCAUAUUGCAGACCAUCUCAUUGUCAUCCUGAUUGGAUUUCCAGAGCAAUCAAAGACCUCCGUGCUGCAUAUGUGUUCUCUCUUCCACGCAUUUAUCUUUGCUCAGCUCUGGACCGUAUAUUGCGAACAAAGUGCCGUAGCUACAAAUGUCCAAAGUCAGAAUGAAUUCAGCUUCACGGCGAUCCUGACCGCACUGGAGUUUUGGAGCAGGGUGACACCCAGCAUCCUUCAGCUGAUGGCUCACAACAAAGUGAUGGUGGAAAUGGUGUGCCUCCACGUGAUUAGUUUAAUGGAGGCAUUGCAAGAGUGCAAUUCAACAAUUUUUGUCAAGCUGAUACCUAUGUGGUUGCCGAUGAUCCAGUCAAAUACCAAGCACUUAUCCGCCGGACUCCAGCUUCGCCUCCAGGCCAUUCAGAACCACGUGAACCACCACAGCUUACGGACGCUGCCGGGCUCCACCCAGAGCAGUGCCGGCCUGGUGGCCCUUCGCAAGUGGCUGCAGUGCACCCAGUUCAAAAUGGCCCAGGUGGAGAUCCAGUCCUCGGAAGCAGCCUCUCAAUUUUAUCCUCUAUGAGUGGACUCCUCGGCUCUCAGUGUCAACACUCUGGUUUAGCAAUAAUGGGUUUCAAAACAAAACAAUUUGAUCCAAGCAGGUUGGGGAACAUACUGGUACUGUCCAUUCUCUUUCUAGUCUAGUAAAAGACGUGCAAAGGCCAGAGAGGGCCAACAAUGAAGCUUUCUUGCUACACAUAUUUCUGAUGACUCCUUGGGCUAUCUGAUUAAGUGUUUCCUUACAUUAUUUUUUAAAAAACCAAAUCAUUUUUCUUUAACUAACUUCUAUUUUUUUUAAGAAAAAAAAAAUAGACUGGUGGGUACUCACAGAAAAGUUGUAUAAGUCCCCCUGUUGCUAUUUUUGAUGAUAGAGAAUAAAUAGGGUUUUUGAAACCUUUGUAGUGUUUUUUCUUAAAAUCCACUCUUGGCAAUGCAAUAAAAAACCCGUCACCACAAGCCAGUGACACUUGACUGAAGCUUUUUGUCAUUAUCCUGGGAAAAGUGGCAGCUUGCAAGGACCAUUACAAAGUGCACUUAGAAAUUAGGUGGUUAACCUGUGCCAAUUGUUUUUUUCUUUGUUUUAUAAUCUCAUUUUCCAAAACUGUCCAGUAAGUUUUAUUAUUUUUAAAACUAAUUUUUCAACUCAUUCGUUCUAGGCUGUACUUUCUUGUAAGCUUUAUGACAACCACUUAAGUUUUGUGAAUAAUAAAUUUUAUUCUUUUGUUAAUACUUGUAAUACAAUUCAAUUUAAAACUGUAGAUCGCACACUGGACCAGACGACUCCCCACGCUGGCACAGAACACUGCACCUGAAGUUAUGUUUCAUAAAACAGAAUUUUAAUAGUGUAAGAACACCAAGAUUUAUCAGCACUCCUACUUAGCAUUUGACUGUGCAUUCACAAAUGAUCUUUCUCUUCUCUAUCCCUGUAAUGCACUGACGACAAGAAGACUUACUAUACAUUUAAGCUGUAUAUUGAAAUGCUAUUAAAUGCAUUUUUUAUUAUC